CUCGCGGUCGCUCUUGAGGCGCGCGCCGGCGGUCCUCCUUCGCUCCGUUUAUCUGAGGGACCCGCGGCCACCCACGGCCGGCGCCACAGCCCCCCAGGAGCCCGGUCCCGAGGUGUGAGAUAUUUCAGUCAAGGGAAGAAAUAGCUCUUCUCCUAAGAUGGAAUCUGUUGUUUGGGAAUGUGGUUGAUCAACUUGAUCUGUUGGCCAAGUGGUGCCCUAUGUAAUAAAAUGAAAAGAAGAGGCAAGAUGAUGUCAUUUUCCCAUAUUGUGAAACCAAAAACAAAUGCCUUUUGUGAGACCAAGUUAACGAACCUCUGACGGUGCAAAGAGUAUUUCUGUUUGAAGAACUUAACAGAAAGAUAGAAGAAAUACUUUCAAGCUGAGACCUGCAAGUGUAUAAAGAUCUAAAAUACAUAUUGAGUAGGCCUGAUCAUCUGAGUCUCAUUCAGUCGAGGAAGCAUGGCUAUGAGCUGGAUCGUCUUCCUUCUGUGGCCCUUGACUAUGUUUGUGGGGCAUAUAGAUGGGCACAGUUUGUUUUCUUGUGAACCUAUUACCUUGAGGAUGUGCCAAGAUUUGCCUUAUAAUACUACCUUCAUGCCUAAUCUUCUGAAUCAUUAUGACCAACAGACAGCAGCUUUAGCAAUGGAGCCAUUCCACCCUAUGGUGAAUUUGGAUUGUUCUCGGGAUUUCCGGCCAUUUCUUUGUGCACUCUACGCUCCUAUUUGUAUGGAAUAUGGACGUGUCACACUUCCCUGCCGUAGGCUCUGUCAGCGGGCUUACAGUGAGUGUUCGAAGCUCAUGGAGAUGUUUGGUGUUCCUUGGCCUGAAGAUAUGGAAUGCAGUAGGUUCCCAGAUUGUGAUGAGCCGUAUCCUCGACUUGUGGAUCUGAAUUUAGCUGGAGAUCCUACUGAAGGAGCCCCAGUGGCAGUGCAGAGGGACUAUGGUUUUUGGUGUCCCCGAGAGUUGAAAAUUGAUCCUGAUCUUGGCUAUUCUUUUUUGCACGUGCGUGAUUGUUCACCUCCUUGUCCAAAUAUGUACUUUAGGAGAGAAGAACUUUCAUUUGCUCGAUAUUUCAUAGGAUUAAUUUCAAUCAUUUGCCUCUCUGCCACAUUAUUUACUUUUUUAACUUUUUUGAUUGAUGUCACAAGAUUCCGUUAUCCUGAAAGACCUAUUAUAUUUUAUGCAGUCUGCUACAUGAUGGUAUCGUUAAUUUUCUUUAUUGGGUUUUUGCUUGAGGACCGAGUAGCCUGCAAUGCAUCUAGCCCUGCACAGUAUAAGGCUUCCACAGUGACACAAGGAUCUCAUAAUAAAGCCUGUACCAUGCUUUUUAUGGUACUCUAUUUUUUUACUAUGGCUGGCAGCGUUUGGUGGGUAAUUCUUACCAUCACAUGGUUCUUGGCAGCUGUGCCAAAGUGGGGUAGUGAAGCUAUUGAGAAGAAGGCAUUGCUAUUUCACGCCAGCGCGUGGGGCAUCCCUGGAACUCUAACUAUCAUCCUUUUAGCGAUGAAUAAAAUUGAAGGUGACAAUAUCAGUGGCGUGUGUUUUGUUGGCCUCUACGAUGUUGAUUCAUUGAGGUAUUUUGUUCUUGCACCCCUCUGCCUGUAUGUGGUAGUUGGGGUUUCACUUCUCUUAGCCGGCAUCAUAUCCCUAAACAGAGUUCGAAUUGAGAUUCCAUUAGAAAAGGAGAACCAAGAUAAACUGGUGAAGUUUAUGAUCCGGAUUGGUGUUUUCAGCAUUCUUUAUCUUGUACCACUCUUGGUUGUAAUUGGAUGCUACUUUUAUGAGCAAGCUUACCGUGGCAUCUGGGAAACAACAUGGAUACAAGAACGCUGCAGAGAAUAUCACAUUCCAUGUCCAUAUCAGGUUACUCAAAUGAGUCGUCCAGACCUGAUUGUCUUUCUGAUGAAAUACCUGAUGGCUCUCAUAGUUGGUAUUCCUUCCAUUUUUUGGGUUGGAAGCAAAAAGACAUGCUUUGAAUGGGCCAGUUUUUUUCAUGGUCGUAGGAAAAAAGAGAUAGUGAAUGAGAGCCGACAGGUACUCCAGGAACCUGAUUUUGCUCAGUCCCUCCUGAGGGAUCCAAAUACUCCUAUUAUAAGAAAAUCAAGAGGAACUUCCACUCAAGGAACAUCCACACAUGCUUCUUCAACUCAGCUGGCCAUGGUGGAUGAUCAGAGAAGCAAAGCAGGGAGUGUCCACAGCAAAGUGAGCAGCUACCAUGGCAGCCUCCACAGAUCCCGUGAUGGCAGGUACACUCCCUGCAGUUACAGAGGAAUGGAGGAGCGACUACCUCAUGGCAGCAUGUCACGACUCACGGAUCACUCCAGGCACAGUAGUUCUCAUCGGCUCAAUGAACAGUCACGACAUAGCAGCAUCAGAGAUCUCAGUAAUAAUCCUAUGACUCACAUCACACAUGGCACCAGCAUGAAUCGGGUUAUUGAAGAAGAUGGAACCAGUGCUUAAAUUGUCCUAAGGUGGAAAACUUGUGUUGUUUAAAAAGCAGAUUUUCUUCUUUGCCUUUGCAUGACUGAUUGCAGUAACUCACUGUUAUGAUGCUUUCAGUCAGGUGCAGAUUGUGUCCGUUGAAAAGUAAACUUUUGCUUUUUAUAUUGCAACAAACUUGUAACAUCAAGGCAUCCAAAAUGCUAAGAAUUAUAUCAUCGCAUAAAUAAUUCUUAUUUCUAGGUUAUGAAGAAAUAAUUAUUUGUCUGGUAAGCAUUUUUAUAAACCCACUUGUUUUAUAUUUAGAAAAAUCCUAAAUGUGUGGUGACUGCUUUAUAGUGAACUUUCAUAUAAUAUCAACUAGUUGUGAGAUAACAUUCUGGUAGUUCUGUUAAUAAAACAAAAUUUCAAAAUUAAAGAAAUUUUCUAUGCAAGGUUUAUUUCUCAGAUGAAUUGUAGGAGUUUGUAGUUUCCUUUCCACUAAGUGAAAAAGAACUGUGUUUUUAAACUGUAGGAGAAUUUAAUAAAUAAGCAAGGGUAUUUUAGCUAAUAGAACAUAAAAUCAACGGAAGAAUCUGAUUAAUCUAUUGAAGGCUCUUCUGAAAUUAUAUCAAAAUAAUCUUUAUUCAGAGAAAUACAGGAACAGGAUUAGUGACGGAGUAAAAGCGGAGAUGGGCAUUUUUCCCAGUAAUUGUGCUGUUUUUAUUACUUUUGUAAAUAUUACUUUUACUGGCUGUGUUUUUAUAACUUAUCCAUAUGCAUGAUGGAAAAUUUUUACUUUGUAGCCAUGUUUUCCCAUGUAGUAGUUUUGAUUCAUAGAGAACUUCAUGUUCAGAUAUGUUCUGUGGAAGCAUGUAAUAGAAUAAGCAUCACACAUUAUAAGGUUUUUUUGUGGUAACCAUAAUUACAAAAUGGCAAAAUGUUUCCUCUGUAUUUGUUGUUGUAUUUUUCUACAGUGAGAUGUGAUCUUGCCAAAGCCACCAGAUCUUGGUAUCCAGGCCCCUCCUGUCAGUGGGUUGAUUGUCUGCACUUGCAUUGCCCAGUAGCCAACAGGCUACAGCUUUUGCCCCACACCCUUAUUUUCAGAUCCUGGAUCAUUCUUGUUUAUAACUGAAAUAUAUAUAACCUAAGUCCAAAGAGGUGAUUAAUUUGGGGUAUUUGAAAAUCAUUGUAGCUAAAUGGAGCAUGAUUAGUCCUGCUGUGAAGUAUCUUUUAAUCUUAAAA